AUGUCUGGACACCCAGCAACCCCAGACACUGGCCCUCCUGAGGGAGGCCGGGAGGCGUGGCUUGUCGUCUUAGGCGGAUGGUGUGCUCUCUUCUGUACCUUUGGCCUUGUCAGCUCUGUUGGCAUAUUUGAACAGUACUAUGUAGCGGUGCCGUUGAAACUUCACUCCAGCUCGACCGUCAGCUGGAUCACGUCGGUCCAGAUAUUCAUGAUGAACUUCUGCGCGGUGGGGUUCGGACGGCUGUUUGACAACUACGGUCCGCGCUGGCUCCUCUGGGGUGGUACAGUUGCCUAUGUCCUUGGACUCAUGAUGGUCUCCCUGUCCACCGAGUACUACCAAUUCUUCCUCUCCCAAUCCAUCGUCGGCGCCGCGGGAUCGAGCGCCAUUUUCAACUGCUGCAUGUUUUCCCUCGUCACCUGGUUCAAUGAGGGCCGCGCCGUAGCCUACGGCAUUAUGGUGUCCGGCUCGUCGGUCGGCGGCGUCGUUCUCCCAAUCAUAAUGGCCAGUCUCAUUGACAGUAUCGGCUUCCCCUGGAUGAUGCGAACCAUGGCGUUCGUAUUUCUUGCGCUUCUUAUAUUUACCUGCUUGACCGUCAAGUCGAGACUGCCCCCCUGUCCGAGACCGUUCAAGAUGAUGGAGUUUGUCAAUAACUUAACGGAUAUCUGCCUGGCCGUCACCGUUGCUGGCAUGCUCCUUUUCAUGUGGGGCAUGUUUCUGCCUUUCAAUUACAUCUUAUUGCAGGCUGAAGCUGCCGGCAUGUCUCCAACUUUGAUUCUGUACCUGCUACCCAUCCUGAAUGCUGCAAGCAUUUUUGGCCGUAUCAUUCCCGGGGUUGCUUCCGAUAAACUGGGUCGUUAUAAUGUUAUGAUCGUCAUCAGCUUCAUUUCCGCCUUGUCCUGUCUUGCGGUCUGGGUCCCUGUUAAGAACACAGCAGGCAUGGUUGUCUUCGUGAUCAUCUUUGGCUUUUCUUCGGGGGGAUUUAUCUCACUCGGCCCUAGCCUGAUCGCGCAGAUUUCCGAUAUUGGUGAGAUCGGAACCCGCGCUGGUACGGCGUUCACCAUCAUGUCCUUCGGAGCUCUGACCGGCAGCCCAAUCGGUGGGGCGAUCGUUUCAGCUCAGCACGGCGAAUUCUUAGGCCUGCAGCUCUUCUGUGGCUUCAGCUUGCUGGCCGGAUCCAUUGCCUUAUUUUCCGCGCGAUAUACCCUGGUUGGCUGUAAGCUAAUCAAGGUGUAA